AUGACCUUUGUGCCGAAUGGCGAGCCCUGGCCGUCCCGGGCGCGGAGUACUGGACCGCGCCACGAGGUGGUAGCACCACAUGAACUGGCGGCCGAUGCGGCCUUGGUGGAUUCCUGGGCGCAGAUGCCGUGCCCCAACCUGUGGCCGGGACGCCCACGACACAGCCCUGAGUUGGUCUCCCACAGCUUUGCCGCACGGAGCACCACGCCGCAGCGACCGCCCAGCGACGAGGAGGAGGAAACGACCGUGGGCGCACGGAGCAGCCAGCCUGGAGUUGGGUUCUGGCAAUCCAUGCGCAACGACACACGGCCUUAG